AUGUUUGAGAAAUCUCUUACCUCAGACAAGCUAUGUCCAUGGAAAUGUCAAAAUGUCCAGAGGGGCUUGUGGAAUGUCUUUAAACUGUGGGUCUGGAUUAUGCUCUGUUGUGAUUUCUUUGCGCAUCGUGGCACCGAUUGCUGGACUUACCAUUAUUCUAAAAGACCCAUGCCCUGGGAAGAGGCUAGAGCGUUCUGCAGGAGAAAUUACACAGAUUUAGUUGCCAUACAAAACAAGGGAGAGAUCGAAUACCUGAAUAAGACACUUCCCUUCAGUCGUACUUACUACUGGAUUGGAAUCCGGAAAGUAGAAGGGGUGUGGACUUGGGUGGGAACCAACAAAUCUCUCACUGAAGAAGCAAAGAACUGGGGCGAAGGGGAGCCCAACAACAGGAAGAGUAAGGAGGACUGUGUGGAAAUCUAUAUCAAGAGGAUCAAAGACUCGGGGAAAUGGAACGAUGAUGCCUGCCACAAAGCAAAGAGAGCCCUCUGCUACACAGCUUCUUGUAAACCCUGGUCAUGCAGCGGCCAUGGACAAUGUGUGGAAGUCAUCAAUAAUUACACCUGCAGCUGCGAUUUGGGGUACUACGGGCCCGAGUGUCAGUUUGUGACUCAGUGUGUGCCUUUGGAGGCCCCAAAGCUGAGUGCCAUGGCCUGCAUUCACCCUUUGGGAAACUUCAGCUUCAUGUCGCAGUGUGCCUUCAACUGCUCUAAGGGAACAGACAUAAUUGGGAUUGAAGAAACCACUUGCGGACCAUUUGGAAAUUGGUCAUCUCCAGAACCAACCUGUCGAGUAAUUCAAUGUGAGCCUCUAACAGAACCCGAUUUGGGAACCAUGGACUGUAAUCACCCCCUUGUUGACUUCGGCUUUUCCUCCACGUGCACCUUCAGUUGUUCAGAAGAAGCUGAGUUAAUUGGGGAGAAAAAAACUAUCUGUGGAUUGUCCGGAAAUUGGUCCAGCCCUAGUCCAAAAUGUCAAAAAGUAAACAGGACUAUCUCAAUAAAUGAAGAGAGUGAUUAUAACCCCCUCUUCAUCCCGGUGGCAGUCAUGGUGACCGCAUUCUUUGGGUUGGCAUUUAUCAUUUGGCUGGCAAGAAGAUUAAAAAAAAGUAAAAAGUCUCGGAGAAGCACGGUUGAUGCCUAUUAAACGACCUGCUCUGAAAGAAAAUUCUUUCAGUGGAUCCUUCAAAUCCUCUCAUGAAGUUUUGCUGGUGGCGUCUUCUACAUUGAAGAGGAAAUGUGUCUC